UCGAGUGCAGUGAAUAUUCGCAAAUAAUUUGAUCUACUAUAACACAUGAUGUCAUCAGUUGCGACGACCGGAAGCAAAGAUAACAGUGUAAUCAUAAUAUGCUUAUUUUCACAAUCCAAAACAAAGAAUUAAGUUAAUGAUGCGUGUGUGUCAAAAAACAAAGUUUACCAUAAAAAAUGGAAUCAUAGUAGCUAAUGAAUCUCCAUAUUUAGUGAAAGGAAGAAACAAUUUCGGCGAAGACUUAUUAGAAAAAAUGAAAAAAAACCAAAAGUCUAUUGGCCAGAUUGAUUCAACCAUUGAAACGCAAGAAACUUUUGAAACGAUGGCGGACAAGAGUGUAAGGUGUGCACUCUGGCUACAAAGUCAAAAUAUCAAAGAAGGAGAUGUUAUUGCUAUUUGUACACAUAAUCAUCUGAAUCAAAUAUAUCCAGCACUUGCUGCUAUGUACAUCGGCGCUGUUAUGAAUCCUUGGUGGGAUCAUGGGUUAACUCCAGUUAUUGCGAAACAUUUUAUCAAUUUAACGCAACCAAAAAUACUGUUCGUAAAUAAGGAGUGCUUUAAUAUAACGAGAGAUGUUGCUCGAGAAAUCAAGGCAGACUUGAAAAUUGUAGUUUUUGGAAAGGCUGAAGGUGCAGAAUCUUUUGACACAAUAAUUGCGAAACAAAAACCUGCUGAAGUACAAAAGUUUCGUUGUGCUAAAUUAUCGAGUGUAAAUCAUCCUGCCCUUAUUCUAUAUACUUCGGGAACGACCGGAUUACCUAAAGGUGCUCUUCACUCACAUAAAUCAUUGUUCGGAAAUAUCCAAUCAGUGCAAGAUAUAAUUAACAGGGAUUGUGUUACUGCAAUGUGGUAUUCAACUCUAUGCUGGGUUACUGGAAUACUUUGUUCAUUUUCAUCAAUUUCACUUGGUAUGCUGCGAAUCAUUCCUGGGCCAUUUGUGGAGGAGGAAGCAUGUAAAAUCAUUGAAAAGUAUAAGGUAAAUUGGUUAUUAAUGGGCACAAGCAUGGCUAAUAGACUUCUUAAAUCUGGCGUCAUUGGUAAAUAUAAUGUAACUUCUGUUACAUCACUUCUUGUUGGUGGAGCACCAUUGAAAGAAGAAUCACAAGCAGAACUUCAAAAAGCAUUCCAAAAUUCUUUAGUACUACAAGCGUAUGGUACAACUGAACUAUGUGGAAUAGGAACUAGGCAAGAAAAAGAUUACAAAAAAAAUUCUGUUGGAACUAUCGCCAGUAAUAUACAAAUUAAGAUAAUAGAUCCAGAGACGGGGAAAAUUUUAGGUCCCAAUGAAAAAGGUGAAGCUUGUAUCAAGUCACCUAUAAUGAUGACUCAGUACAUUAAUAACCCAGAAAAAACAAAACAAGCGAUUGAUGCUGAAG